UCCAACAUUAACGAAGAGUGUUACAGUACAGUUUUAGUCAACGAUAACAAAGAGAGUUAAGGAACAAUUCCGUUUCUCUUGCGCUUGCAGUCUUUAUAAAAGCACGAAACUCCACUUGAGAGAUGAUAGCAAUAAACAAAGCUAAAGCUUAAGUCUUAUUUUUAGCAUCAGCAAUGGCUAAUUGCAAGCCACAGAAGAAAGUUUUAUUGUUAUGUGGGGAUUUCAUGGAAGAUUAUGAGGCUAUGGUUCCAUUUCAAGCCUUGGAGGCUUAUGGAAUAGCAGUUGAUGCUGUCUGUCCUGGCAAGAAAGCUGGUGAUUGUUGCCGCACUGUAAUUCAAGACUCUGGUGCCUAUCAUGGCUAUCAGACUUUUACAGAGAAGCUUGGACACAACUUUAGUCUCAAUGCGAACUUCGAUGAAGUUGAUUUUAGUAAAUAUGAUGGGCUGCUUCUACCAGGAGGAAGGGCUCCAGAAUAUCUUGCCAUAAAUGAAUCCGUGUUAGAUUGUGUGAGGAAGUUUUCCGACUCAGGAAAGCCGAUUGGCUCUAUUUGUCAUGGACAUUUGAUCUUGGCAGCUGCUGGCUCAGUAAAAGGUCGGAAGUGCACUGCACUCCAUGCUCUGGGACCUGUGCUCAUCGAUGCUGGUGCUCAUUGGAUUGAACCCAAAACCAGGAUGGAUUGCGUAGCUGAUGGCAAUAUCAUCACUGGAGUUAUAUAUAGGGCUCAUCCUGAGUACAUUCGGCUUUUUGUGAGGGCACUCGGAGGCAAGGUAACUGGUUCAGAUAAAAGGAUUCUGUUUCUCUGCGGGGAUUUCAUGGAAGAUUAUGAGGUAACUGUUCCUUUUCAGUCCCUUCAAGCUCUUGGGUGCCAUGUUGAUGCGGUUUCCCCCAAGAAAAAGGCUGGGGAUAUCUGCCCAACUGCAGUCCACGACUUUGAAGGUGACCAAACUUACAGUGAGAAGCCAGGCCAUAAUUUCAUUCUAACUGCUUCCUAUGAAGGUUUGGAUGCCUCUACUUAUGAUGCUCUCGUCAUCCCUGGAGGCCGGGCUCCAGAAUAUUUGGCACUGGAUGAGACAGUGAUUGCCUUGGUGAAAGAAUUUAUGCAAUCUAGGAAGCCUGUUGCAUCCAUCUGCCAUGGGCAACAGAUCUUAGCUGCUGCUGGAGUUCUUAAGGGUAGAAAAUGUACUGCAUACCCUACGGUGAAGCUGAAUGUUGUCUUGGGAGGGGCAACAUGGCUAGAACCUGAUCCAAUAGAUCGCUGCUACACUGAUGAAAACUUGGUUACUGGAGCUGCUUGGCCAGGGCACCCUGAGUUUGUCUCUCAAUUGAUGGCCUUACUUGGUAUUCAAGUGUCAUUUUAGCUGCUACAAUGUUAAAUAAUGUGCCUGUAUCUUAUUUCAAAUAACAUACCGAUGCAGACACCAUGCAUGUUUGGGUCUAGAAACCCAUCUUGUAUCAAAUAACACAUGGAUUCCAUAUCUGUUACUGGAAUCCUUGUCACUUGAGUUCAUCUUUGCCUGUGGAAAAAAUAGACUUUCAUAUUGUUCAAAGCAACAA